GCCAAAUCCUCUUGUCCUAGGAGCUCCCCCCUUUCCUCUGCUGGCUGCCACCCCAGUCCAGGAGGGUGGGUGUCUGUCAAGGAGCAGCUGGUUGCUUUCCCAGGGGCAGUGCCUUCUGCAGGGGAGGUAGGGAUUUGGCUGCUCUCCUUGGUGCCUAUUUGCACUGUUCCAUCCUAUUUCUGAUUUGCCAUCUCUCCAAGAGAGAGAAGCUCCAAGGUUUCUCCUGGCCUGGCUUUGGUUUUUCUUUUCCCCAGUAUCAGCCCUGUCCUCCAGCUGUUUUCCUCAGGCGCCCAUGACUCUCAGGCAGCAUGGUGUGGGGCUGGUGGGUGAAACCAGAGAUGCAGUCUUGUCUUGCUCCCCUGGCAGCCUUGGGCUGGAGGCCCCCAAUCAAGCCACUCUGUGAGCAUGUUGAUGGCUAGUACCAGAAGAUUAACUUAAUGGGAGAACAGGCUGGGUGACGUUUCCCCAUCAUCUACUGAAACAUGAAGACCAAAAGCAAAAGAACGAAGCACAGGCUUGCUGUUGACAAAGAAGCCUUUCUUGGGGAGACAACUUUGAGCAAAGAGGAACCGGUGAAAUGUUUGCGACGCAAAGAAAGGAGAAAUGGCAGAAACAAUGAGAGCAACAAGACUGGUACAGUCAAAGCCAAACAUGCUUGGAACAACAAAGACAGACACUUGAGGCGAUUGGAAAGCAAUGAACGGGAGAGGCAGAGAAUGCACAAGCUCAAUAAUGCAUUCCAGGCCUUGCGGGAGGUUAUCCCUCAUGUGAGAGCUGAGAAUAAACUUUCUAAAAUUGAGACUCUUACACUAGCCAAAAAUUACAUUAAAUCACUGACUUCCACCAUACUCCAUAUGUCCAGUGGGCACCUUCCAACUGUAGAAGGAACUGGGGCAGCCAAUAGCUCCAAACUGUACCAGCAUUACCAACAGCAACACGGCGAUGAGGAACAUGAUGAACAGUUAAAAAAAUACUCCACACAAAUUCACAGCUUCAGACAAGGCAGCUAAAGUUAGCUACUGGCCUCGUUCUCUCUUCUCCACACAUUCCUGUAUAUUUCAGCAUUUAGAGGAUUAAGGGGUUAUUUCCUGCUGGUGGGUUUCUUUUUUGUUUGUUUUUGGAAAGACAGAUGUUUAGUGACUAGAUCUCAUAGUUCUUGUUGAAAUUAUCCUAAAUUGUAGGUCAGGCUUUUCAAAGAGAUUAGUGAUUUUGGUUGCCCGAUUUGAAACACCUUCUCUGUUCUUAUAGUUUUUGUUUACCUGCUUUGUUUGUAAUUUUCCUGAGGUCAGAAUGUUCUUUUAAUUUGUAAUGAGAAAUUGUUUGAUUGUUCAACACCCAGGUUGCUUUUGCAGGGCAGGCUUUAUAAACAAAUUCUUUUUCAGUGGGAGGGGGUGCUCUGUCCGUUAGGAAAAUUACUCUUUUUAUAAGGUACCUCGAGUUGGGCACCCAACAGUGAUGUCCUAAAUCACUAGUCAUUAUUGAAAAUACUGGCUGUAACUUCUGUUCCUCCAGAAGUGACACCAUGUAAUGGGGAAUCUUGGUGCAGAAAUAAUGAAGUUUAUGGCCCGGUACGGUACUUUGGAAUGUAUACAGCUACUGAAGGGACAUAUCUAACUGACCUGAUGUUUGGAUAGCAGGACUAAUUUCUUUAACCACAAUUACCUGGAUUUUUUUCCCCUUGAAUUCUUAAAUAUGCUGCUACUCAGAGGGAGGAACAAUUUUAAUGACAAUAGAAACGUAUUUUGAGUAGUUUGAUUAGUGUGAUCGAACAGGUAUGAAUACUACCUAACAAAAUGGCCUUGGAUCAGAUCCUAAAUGCCCUAAACCAGCAGUUCUCAAACUUCAUUGCACUUCUGACAACAAAAAUUGGGGUGCUAUGUGCCGUGGGUGGGGGCAUGUAACCUUAGCCCGGGGUGGUGAGGCUCAGGUUUUGGCUUCAGCCCCGGCGGGUGGGGCUUGGGCUUCAGACUUGCUGGGAGCCAGGGCCAACACCAGCCUUGGUGACCCCAUUAAAAUGGGGUUGCGACCCACUUUGGGGUCCCAACCCACAGUUGGAGAACCCCUGCCCUAAACUCAUUGAAGUAAAUGGAAAGGUUCUAAUUCACUUCAGUGGGCUUUGGGUCACGGUCCUAAAAUGUAGUCCUACAAGUACACUUAAAAUGCACAAUAAUUAAUGUGAUCCUUGUUGCAUUAUAUAUAUUUGAAAGUGCCUUUUAACAGAAACCUUAAAAGAGAUUUGUUAGAUUGUAAGUUCUUCUAGGCAGGAGCUUGUCUUUGUACAGCACCCAGUCCAAUGGGACCCCAGUUCCAUUUGGACCCUUUGGAUGCUAUUGUAUUAUAAAUAUUUAACAGUUAAUUCACUUGUGAUCUUUGCAAAAAUGAUGUGAUUGCAGAACAAAUGUUUUGUAUAUUUACCAGGUGGACAAUGAUAAUCUGUGCAUUUAAAAUGAACUCUGCUAAUAA